AUGGACGGGAGCUUUCUCUGUCCGGCGAAAUACACAGAGCACAGAAGCUCCACCAGGAAGUACACCGCAAAGCCGUCAUCUUUAAAGCGGAAGAAGACGACGACGCCGGAGCUGCUCCACCCGCCGAGGGUUGUCCGGAUAUCGAUGACCGACCCGGACGCGACUGACUCCUCCAGCGACGAGGAAGGGGAGUUCUUCGGGAGGCAGAGAGUGAAGCGAUAUGUCAGCGAGAUCAACAUCGAGCCAGGGUUUAACGAGGUGAGAGCGGCGGCGGUUUCUUCGGAGAUUGGGAAGCCGGCGAGGGAAGUGCGGCCGGCGGCGGCUGCGGUUCAGUCCGGUGAGAGGAAGUUCAGAGGAGUGAGGAGGCGGCCGUGGGGUAAAUGGGCUGCCGAGAUUCGGGAUCCGGCGAAGAGGGUUCGGCUCUGGCUGGGAACCUACGAUACCGCGGAGGAGGCGGCGAUGGUCUAUGACAACGCCGCGAUUAAGCUCCGGGGACCCGACGCACAGACGAAUUUCGUCAAUCCGCGUGAGAAAGAUGAAGAAGUGGAGAUCAAUAGGCCGGAGGUUAAAGUCAGCUCGACUUCAGGGUACGACUCGGGCGACGAAUCGCACAACAACAACCUCGCAUCGCCCACCUCUGUUCUCCGAUUCAGAACCCAACAAUCCGCUUCAGAGUCCUCCGAGCCGUCGAUCGAGCCCGAAGAGCCGAUGUCUCUGCUUCUGGCUGAGCCGGUGGGGGAAGAAGAGGCGACGGCUGGACUCCAAUUUCUCCAGGAGUGCGAGGGCGAAAACAGCAGCAGCAAUUUGUACUCCCUCUCCGACGAGUACUUCCUCUCGCCGGAGCUCUCCUUUUUAGAAGACUGCUCUUCGUCCUCGUCGUCGUUCAUCGCCGACGAUUUCUUCAAUUUCACCGCCUGCUGCUCCUCCGCCACCGAUUCCUCGUUACCCACCGGCGAGAAUGCGUCGAUCGUCGCCAGCGGGACCGCGCUCUUAAAACAGAGCUUCUCCGGCGGUGGGUUCUGCGUCGACGACGACAUUUUCCUGCCGGAUGUUCCCAACGACAUGAUUGUUGGAUCCGCCGCGGCUUCAGUUUUCCAGGAAAACAAUGACGACGACUACUUCCAAGACAUUGGCGACUUAUUCUUCUCGGAACCUCUUGUGGCACUCUAA